AUGUCCCUACUUUCCAGGGCUGAUGUCGACACAGGGUCGGUCAAGCCGCCCUUGUCGCAGACAGUUGGUUAUAUCGUCGUCGUGCUCAUUGGAGUUAUCAUCGCUCUAGUGAUGAUGCUGGUUACCAAGGUGCUGAAGAAGACCUCUGGAGAAGACAACAAGAAGACAGAGAUGUUCAUGACGGCAAACCGAACAGUUCGAACUGGCCUGACUACAUCGGCCGUCAUAUCGUCCUGGCUAUGGUCGACUGCCCUGCUCGGCUCGUCCUUUACUGGCUACGACUACGGUGUCUCCGGUCCCUUCUGGUUUGCUGCUGGCUGCAGUCCGAUGAUUGUCUUCUUUGCCCUGCUCGGUAUUUCGUGCAAGCGCAAGAUCCCUGAGGCGCAUACCUCGCUUGAGGUGGUUCGCAUUCGAUAUGGCCGCGUUGCACACGUUGUGUUCAUGAUUCUGUGUCUGAUCAACAACAUCUUUGCGAGCGCAAAUAUGCUCCUCGGUGCUUCUGCUGUGAUCUCUGCAAUGUCCGGGAUGCACAUCAUCGCAUCGACAUUUCUGCUGCCAGUCGGCGUCACGGUCUAUACCUUCGUCGGAGGCAUCAAAGCAACGUUCCUGACGGACUAUUUCCACACGACCAUCAUCCUGAUUAUUGCCUGCUACUUCUCGGUCAAGGCCUUUGAGUCUGACCAGAUCGGGUCUAUUGGGAACCUGUACGAGCUGCUCAAGGAGGCUGCUGUGCGCAACCCGGUCUCUGGGAACGCGGGUGGAACGUACCUGACCAUGACAUCGAAGGAUGGCAUUCUGUUUGGAAUUCUGCACACCUGCUCCAACUUCGGUCUUGUUAUUAUGGACACCAGCUACUUCAUCAAGGCAUUCUCCGCCUCGCCCAAGGCCGUUGUCCCUGGAUACACCAUCGGCGGAAUCAUGUACUUUGCCAUCCCCUGGGGUCUGGGCACCGUGAUGAGCUCAGUCGCUCUGGCACUCGAGAACCAGCCCAACUUCCCAACCUUCCCCCGAAGAAUGACCUCAUCCGAAGUCAGCAGCGGCCUUGUCCUCCCCUACGCCGCAAUCACCAUAGCUGGAAAAGGCGGCGCAGCAGCCAUACUGCUGAUGAUUUUCAUGGCCGUGACAUCGACGCUCUCCGCGCAGGUCAUCGCCGUCUCGUCCAUUCUCAGUUUCGACGUCUACCGCGAGUACUUCAAGAAGUCGGCUACAGACCGGGAUGUGAUCCGAUCCAGCCAUCUGGGUGUUAUAUUCUUCGCUGCCUUUGCGGCGGGAUUUAGUACCAUGUUGCAUUAUGUCGGUGUUGAUCUAGGCUGGACUUUGUAUAUGCUGGGCGUCGUAACCUGCCCCGGCAUCUUCCCCAUGAUCUUCACAGUCCUCUGGCGCCGCCAAAGCAAAGCCGCCGCAAUCCUAUCCCCCAUUCUCGGCCUCGCCACCGGUCUCGCCGUCUGGCUAUCCACCGCAAACCGCUUCGGAGGCGCCGUCUCCGUCGCUACAACGGGCGAAGUCCUACCUUGCGUCUACGGCACCGUCGCAUCAUGCUUCUCGCCAAUCCUAUACUCCGUGCUGAUCACAGCAGUGCGGCCCCAGAAUUACGACUGGAACGAGUUUAAGCGCGAGAAGCUUGCGCUGGAGAAAUUGGGGAGUGAUCUUACCACGGCUCAUCAUGAGACUGAGAACCCCGAGUCUGACUCUCACCUGCAGAGGGAUAGAGUUGACGAAGAAGAAGCAGGCGAGCGGAGUGCUGCAGUGGACGCACAGGAAUUGAAGCGAUGGGGCCGCAUCGCGGCGUUCUGGUCUGCGGCGACGUUUUUGGGCCAUUGGGUGUUGUGGCCGUUGCCGAUGUAUGGCUCGCAUUAUAUUUUCGGGAAGAAGUUCUAUAUUGCUUGGGUGGUUGUUGCCAUCAUCUGGCUCUGGGCCACGCUGUUUGUGGCGACGCUGUACCCGAUUUUCGACGGUGGGUAUCAGCAGAUCAUCCAGGUGUAUCGGGGUCUUCGUGGACAGCAGCUAAAGACGGGGGCUGCCAGUGGGAAUGGGAAAGAUGCCCAGGGGGAGACGUCGCCGUCGAAUGGGUCGGUUAGUGAUGGUGCCGUGAGAGAGAGGAAGGAGACGUCGUGA